AUGGAUGAAUUGGCUAGCAAGGUUCCUGUUGGAGAGUGGAUCAACAUUGACAACUUCAGUUUGACUGGUGUUGGACGUACCUAUCGCACAACAAACAAUCCUUUGAAAAUGAAUUUUAUUCACAAGACAGACAUCUCCGAGUCAACUCUACGGAUUGAGAAUAAUUUUCUUGAUUUGGUUGAUUUCGAAACCAUACUUAGUGGCAAACCUGAUGAGAACAUCCUUAUCGAUGUAAUUGGACAGGUUUUAGACUUGGGUGAUCUUGACACAGUAAAUUGUGCUGGAGGAAAACAACGGAGAAAGUUGGAGUUCACACUCAGAGACAUUAAUGGCCUAAGUUUGCCUUGCUGCCUUUGGGGAACAUAUGCUGAGAAUGUCCACACAGCUUGCCAAAAAUCUGAAGAUGGUUUACUUGUAUGCCUUCUAAGAUACGCAAAGAUUGGUCAUUUUAGAGGGGAAGUCCAAAUCUCCAAUGCUUAUGAUUCAAGUCAAAUCUUCAUCAAUCCUGACAUUGAGGAAGCAGAAGCGUUUAGACAAAUCGAAUCUGGUGAAAGUCAAGCCAUAACCCUCUCCGAGACGGGACAUAACAAGCUUGAUAAAAAGUUUGUCAGUCAUAAGUGGCUGCAAUACGAACAGAAGAAUCUUGGAGAGUUGUUUGAAUCUACUGAGAUUGAACCAUGCAGAGUUGUGGCAACUAUAUGUGAUAUUGAUACCGAUUGGGGUUGGUAUUAUUUUGGUUGCCAAGAUUGCAACAAGAAAGUUUUUCCAGAGUCAAAAACUGUUAGGAGAGUGAAUGGAAAAGAUGUUCUCACUUAUUCUUGGUGGUGUGAAAAAUGCAACCAAUUAGUGUAUUCUGUGUCACCAAAAUUUAAAAUUCAUUUGCUGGUUAAAGAUGAUACUGGUGAAUCAUCUUUUAUGUUGUUGGAUUCAAUUGCUACGGGGAUUGUUCCUCAAUCUGCGGAAUACCUACUGGACGGUUCAUUAGAUGAACCUGAAGAAAAUGCAGAAUUUCCCGACGCAAUAACAUCUUUGAUCAGGCAAACAUUUAUGUUUGGAGUUUACAUUGAAAAAGACAAUGCUACUGGUGGAGGUGUUUGUUACAAAGUUGGCAAGGUUUGGAAAGAUCUAAGCAUGCUAAAGGUUUUGACCCGUGAAGAAUCCGUUUCUGCUCAUACCCAAGGAACUAUCAACAGUUCUGGUUCUGAGGCACCACUUUUGCUACACGACAGUGAAUGUAAUGAGUCUGCAUCUACUCCUUCUUCAAAACGCAAGAGUGAAGAAAACAUAGAAGUGCCUAAUAUUACAUCGACUUCAAAAAAGUAG